AUGGUCUCUCAAAUCACUUCUGCUUCUCAAUUCGCUGAUGCCAUCAAGGCUGAUAAACUAGUUGUCGUUGACUUCUUCGCCACCUGGUGUGGUCCUUGCAAGAUGAUUGCCCCUAUGUUGGAAAAGUUCGCCGCUGAAUACUCUCAAGCGGACUUCUACAAGAUUGAUGUCGAUGAAGUCCCAGACGUCGCUCAAAGCCAAGAAGUUUCUGCCAUGCCAACCAUCAAGUUCUACAAGAGUGGUAAGGAGGUUGCCAAGGUUGUUGGUGCCAACCCAGCUGCUAUCAAGCAAACGAUUGCUGCUAACGUUUAA